AUGGCAUCGAGGCGGGUCAGGAUAGUGUGCAUCUCAGAUACCCACAACCAGACACCAAAACUCCCACCUGGUGAUAUCCUGAUCCAUGCCGGAGAUUUGACCAACCAAGGCUCCUUCUCUGAACUUCACAAGACCUUCACUUGGCUUCAACAGGCAGAUUUUCAGAUCAAGAUCCUGAUUUGCGGCAACCAUGAUAUUACUUGUGACGCCACCUUCUACGAGCAGUACUGCAUUGAUCUCCUCCAGUCAGAUUCUAGUAUUGUUUAUCUCCGUCAUGAGGCAAAAGUUAUCACCCUGAGAUACGAGGAUGAUACGACUGCCCAGCUCAAGAUCUUUGGUUCUCCUUAUUCUCCAGCCAAAGGAUUCUGGGCGUUUGGCUAUCCACCGGAAAGAGCAUCUCAAUUGUGGGAGCAAAUUCCUCUCGAAACUGAUGUUGUUGUCACUCAUACUCCUCCCAAAUUUCAUCGUGACGAAUCUGGCAAGCAUGGAGCCUCGGGCUGCGAGCAGCUUCGUCAAGCCCUUUGGCGUGUUCGGCCGCGCCUCUCUGUCUGUGGACAUAUCCAUGAAGGCUAUGGUGUGGAGAUAGUCACUUGGGAUUUAUCUUCUGCCAAUGUCAAGUUCAAAGAGAGCCAUGUUAAGCGGUGCGAGGAGCCACCUCCUCUGAGCAAAAAACAGUUCGUGGUUGACCUGUCAAACAGGAGAAGAUUUCGUGCACUUCUGAAUGACGGCAGCGUAGGCAGCAUGACCGAGCCCUGCAACACCACCCUGCAGCCUGAGACGCGACAUAGAUCUCCGAUCCAAGGUUUGCUCCCCGAUGUUCCAUCUCCCGCAAAAUACCCCUUUCCUGAUGCCCACAAGGCACAGUGUCCGAUCUCGAAUGCACCGGUUGCAGUGAAGGCCACAACCGAGUCACACGGUACAUACGGACAGGGCGGCCCUCUGUCCAGCUGUCGCGUUGAUCAAGAAGCUAUCUGUGGGCGUCGAGGUAGACAAGAAACUUGUGUGGUCAAUGCCGCUUACACGGCUACCAAUUGGCCACAUAGAGGAGGCAAAAAGUUCAACCGUCCUAUUGUUCUCGACAUGGAGAUCCCAUUGAUUCAGUAG